AGUACUGUAGUAACUACGUGGUCGCAAUAGUACAAAAAUGUAAACAUGUACAGAUAUUUUAUAUUUUAUUAUUCCGUGUUUCAUGCAUGGAAAUAAGAAAACUUACUUUUAGCAGAAUAGGAUUUCCAAAAUAGGUUAUUUAUUUUUAACUCUAUUUCCAUGUAAUCUUUAUUUUAAUAUUUUUGUUUUUUUAUAACCGAAGUGAACAUAGCUAGAAGCGUCGACAAGCGCCAUAGAAUUUCAAGUCCGUUUAAUGGCGGACGCUAAUAAUUUUGGAAGUUUCUUGAUUCUAUUGUUCUGUUUUUGAAUAUUCUUCUAUUUUUUACGCCCGGGAAUGAGUUUUUCUAUAAGUGAUAUCAGCCAAAGUGUUACAAACGUGAAAGUGAUAUGAAAUGUUCUGUUAUAGCGUGACAAAAUCGUUUGCUAGAUAUGUAACCUUUUCCCUAACCUCGUUUACGCCAAUGGAGUAGAUAUGUGAUCGAUGUGUGUGCGUCGGUGAACGAUUUGUCGUCCGUUUCGUGUUACAAUUUGUGUGUAGUUAUUCGUCUUAAUAGUGAUGGAAGUGUCCGCGUCGCGGUUUUGCAAUCCGACGCCCGAUUUCGAUGUAACGUAAGCGAGCCGGUCGAUCGCUAAAGCAGGGACGGUCGCUACCAGCCGAACAUGGCUGCGACGCAGGCUGAGUCUCAGCGUAGCGAAACGAACGUAGAGCAGAGUCCAUCGGAGCAGCUCAGUGAAUCUCGGAACGCUCUAUUACAAAACGGGACCGACAAGUCUAUCGGGCGCGUUCCGCCCGAUGGCGUCGUGAACACAAAGAGCAAAUCGCCUAUGUCGGCCGAUUCAGGGCAACCGCGCGACGGUGGCGAGGUGCUCGGUCAUGAUCGACCCGGAGAACGGCCAGUGACGGACCAAUACGGCCAAUAUCGUUAUCCAGAAGGCGCGGAUCCUUAUUAUGCGCCGCGGCCCGGUUUUCCCGGCAAACCGCGGCCACCGCCGCAACAGCCGCGCUUUUUCCCGGGUCAAGCGGUAUCGCAGGCGCCAGGGCCUACGCCAACACUGAACUCCCUGCUACAGUCUAGUGGGGCACCGCCACAUAGAUAUCCAAAUAGUUAUGACCAGCCACCUGGAAGCUAUGGACCAGCUCCAGGCUGGCCACCACCAAGACCCAUGCCAGGGUACAACCCUCAAGGAAGUCCAUAUAGGAACUCAACGCCCCCACGGGGAUAUGGCGGCCCCCCUUACGGAGCUGGAGCUCCAGGCGGACCCCAACAGCCUCCAGGGGCAUACGGACCCCCCGGGUCCUACCCUCAAAGGUAUCCUCCACCACCGGGACCUCCGGGCGCGCCCAACUCGCGCCCUCCCUUCUCGCCACAUCAGGGAUACGAAAGGGGCGGAUCUCCUCAGCCGCCUACCCAACCGCCUCGCGCACCCAGUCCUGGACCAGGAGGGCAAAGCGCCCCUGGUGCGCUCUCACCUAACCAAGAUACACAGCAUCCGCCACACUUGCCUCCGCACGGGUCGCAACCACCACUGCAGCAUCAGGGUUAUCCACCACCGCCAAGGCCCGCUCAGCCGUCCACACCCAAUGCCCAUGAUCCUGACUCAGAUCUGACCGGUCAGAAUAGCAAUGAUUCGGGCGGCAGCGGGGGCGCUGGACGCGCUACCACACCUCACCUGAGGCCGACACCUAGCCCUACCGGCUCCAGCGGCUCACGAUCCAUGUCACCGGCUGUCGGUACACAGAACGUAACGAUGCCGCCGCGAACAUCGUCAUCGCUGUCAGACGGCAGCGGAGGCGCACCGCGGGGCGCAGCACCGGGCCCCGCGCCCGGGCCAGUGCCGCCCGGUGCCAGCGCCAUGGUGGCUCAGCCCUAUGGGCAUCACACGCCGUACAAAGCGUCUCCAUAUGCGCCGCAGUCCUACGGCUACCCACCUAGGAACCAUCAUCCUUACCAGUACGCAGGAUACCGCCCUCCGCCGCCACAUCCACCGCAGCACUAUCCGCCACUCAAGCAGCAGGGACGGCACAUGGGCCCGCCGGGCGGAGUGGGCGGCGCGGGCGGGGAGGGCGUGAUGCCGCCGCCGACGGCGCCGGGCGAGCCGCACGACAACGGGCCCGCCGCGCCCGCCACCGCGCUCGUCACCACCGGGCCCGACGGCGCGCCGCUCGACGAGGGCAGCCAGCAGAGCACGCUCAGCAACGCCUCCGCAGCGUCUGGCGAGGAGGCGUGCGGGACUGCGAAGGCGGCGCGCAAGGAUUACGGCGCGGGCAGCGCAGCGCCGUCGCCCUCGCCCGGCGCCGGCUCGCACUCUUCGCUGCACGAUGACUACGACGCAUCGCCCUCAUGGCCGCGCCCGCCGCCCAGCCCGGUAUUUAACAGUCACAUACCGCCGGAGUCCUACAGAUCAAAGAAGUCGGACUCGCUGGGCAAGUUGUACGAGAUGGACGACGCACCGGAGCGGCGCGGCUGGGUCGAGCGGCUACUCUCUUUCAUGGAGGAGAAGCGGACACCUAUCGCAUCCUGCCCAACCAUUUCCAAACAGCCGCUAGAUCUAUACAGGCUGUAUUUGCUUGUGCGCGAAAGAGGAGGAUUUGUCGAGGUGACGAAAAAUAAGACUUGGAAAGACAUAGCUGGGCUGCUGGGCAUCGGCGCGUCUUCGUCGGCGGCGUAUACUCUACGCAAGCAUUAUACGAAGAAUUUACUUGCUUAUGAGUGCCAUUUUGAUCGCGGUGGCAUUGAUCCCCAGCCAAUUAUACACCAAGUAGAAGCUUCCACUAAGAAGAAAAGUGGCAAGUCCAAUAGCAAUUCCAGUGCAGGGUCGUCAAAUUCACAAGAGACAUUCCCCGGCGGCGUGGGGGGCGCGGCCGGCGCCGGCGGCGGAGCUCCCCUGGACGGGUACGGCGCGCAGUACGCCGGGUACCCGCCGCAGCCCAACCAGGCGCAAGGCGGCGGGCCGGGUGGCGACAACCUCGCCGCCUCUAACCCAUUCGACGAGCCGCCGGGGCCCAGGAGACCCCCAGGUUACCAACAAGGUUACGGGUACGAAUAUGGUCCUCCUUACCAACCCAAUAGGCCUGUAUAUCCACCUUAUGGACCCGACGGUGACAGGGGGUACCGGGGCGGCGGCGAGUACCAGUACGGCACGUACGGCGGCGGGUACCGCGCGGGGCCGGGCGCGGGCGCGGGCGCGGGCGGGGGCCCCGCGCCGGCCGGCACGCCGCCGCCCGCGCAGCCCUACCCGGACUACUACCGCGGCCCGCACCCGCACGCGCCGCACCCGCAGCACGCGCCGCACGCGCCCCACGCGCCCCACCCGCCGCACGCGCCGCACCCGCCGCACCCGCCCAUCUCGCCGCACCAGCAGCACGCGCCCCACCAGCAGCACCAGCAGCACGCGCCCCACGCGCCCCACCAGCCGCCGCACGAGAUGUCGGGCGGCGCGCAGGCGCAGUCGGUCGGUAACCUAAUGAGCUCGCAGCUCGCGCGGCAGCUCAUCGCGCCGCUGCCCUCCAACCCCAGACCCUACUACGGUGGGGGCAAGCCGCUGGGCGCGGGCGUGGGCGUGGGCGCGGGAGCGGGCGCGGGCGCUCCGCGGCGGCACCCCGACUUCGCGAAGGCGGAGGGCGGGUUCGCGGGCGCGGGCGCGGGCCCGGGCCCGGGCGCGGGCAGCCCGGCGGGCGCGGGCGUGGGCGCGGGCGCGGCGGCGGGCGCGGGCGCGGGCGCGCGGUUCGGCGGCGCGUGGGGCGGCGCGUUCCCCCGCGCGCCGCAGCCGCCCUCCCCGCAGGCCGCGGGCCCCUGGCGCCCGCCGCCCGCCUCGCAGCCGCCGCCCGCCUGGCCGCCCUAUCAGCCGCAGACAGCGGGCGGGCCGGCGUGGGGCGGCGCCCCUCGACCGCCGACGCAGGAGCCCUACCCCUCUUCGGUCGCACCGUCUGCAGGUUCUGGUCCAGGACUAGGUCAGAUAAAACGAGAGUUGACUUUUCCACCCGAAUGUGUAGAGGCGACCAUGCCUACAGGAGAAAAGCGGCGGAGAUUAACGAAAGCAGAUGUCGCGCCAGUCGACGCGUGGCGUAUCAUGAUGGCGCUCAAGUCGGGUCUUCUCGCCGAAACCUGUUGGGCAUUAGACAUACUAAAUAUAUUACUAUUCGACGACAAUUGUAUAGGUUAUUUUGGGCUACAGCACAUGCCCGGUCUUCUUGACUUACUUCUAGAGCACUUCCAUAAAAGUAUCAGUGACGUAUUCGAUUCACCAAUGACGGAAGAAGAGCCGUGGUAUGCACCGCCCACGAGUCCAGAACCCGUCCCUAAGGUCCGCCGGAAAACGGAACCCAUCCAGCAGACGGACAGAGUGAAAGUGCUCGCCGGCGAGAACUACACGAUGGAGACCCGGCGCCGGCAGCCAGUUACCUACCGCUACGACGACGAGCUGUUCGCGCCCGACGAGGAGGACUCGGACGGUGACAACGACCAUGACGACGUGCUCGAGCCGUGGCAGAUCGCAGGCGACGCCACCGCCGCCACGCACGUCAUGCCGUGCUUCCGCGGCGAGUUCGUGCACUUGCCCUUCGUGCGCGUCAUGCCCGGCGAGCGGCGGCCCUCCCCGCCCGCCUCGCCGCCCCCGCCGCCCUCCUCCGCGCCGGCCGACUCGCCGCGCCUUAAGCCCGAACCGGACGAAGCGGACGCGACAGAACAUCCCGGCAACGGCCCCGUAGAAGCGCAGGGCACACCCGCCGACGCCACCGCGGCUACGCCCGACGGCGACCGCGAUAACCUCGAAGCGGAGCCCAUGGAAUUAGAACCGGAGCGGCGGCCUAACCUUCUAGUGCGCGACCCGGCGGGCGUCCUCAAGCGACGCCGCCUCGAGGACUACGAAGACGAGUGCUACACGCGCGAUGAACCCAGUUUGAAUUUAGUGAACGAGACGCGAGACUCGCUCGCGAAGCGCUGCAUAGCGCUAUCGAACAUUCUCCGCGGAUUGACGUUCGUGCCGGGCAACGAAGUGGAGUUCUCGCGGUCGGGCGCCUUCCUCGCCCUCGCCGGCAAGCUGCUGCUACUGCACCACGAGCAUGCGCCGCGAGCGACGCGGGCGCGCGCGUACGAGCGGGCGGCGCGCGACGAGACGGACGCGGACGCGUGCUGCUCGAGCUUGCGCGGCGGCGCCGAGUGGUGGUGGGACGCGCUCGCGCAGCUGCGGGAGGACGCGCUCGUGUGCUGCGCGAACAUCGCCGGCGGCGUGGAGCUGGCCGGCCAGCCGGAGGCGGUGGCGAGGCCGCUGCUGGACGGGCUGCUGCACUGGAGCGUGUGUCCGGCGGCGGUGGCGGGCGACGCGCCCCCCGCGGCCGCCGCCGGCUCGCCGCUGUCGCCGCGCCGGCUCGCGUUGGAGGCCCUGUGCAAGCUGUGCGUGACGGACGCGAACGUGGACUUGGUGCUGGCGACGCCGCCGCGCGGACGCAUCGCGGCGCUGUGCGCGGGGCUGGCGCGCGACCUGUGCCGGCCCGAGCGGCCGGUGGUGCGCGAGUUCGCGGUGAACCUGCUGCACUACCUGGCGGGCGCGGGCGGCGCGGCGGCGCGCGAGGUGGCGCUGCACGCGCCGGCCGUGGCGCAGCUGGUGGCGUUCAUCGAGCGCGCCGAGCACACGGCGCUGGGCGUGGCCAACCACCACGGCGUGGCGGCGCUGCGCGACAACCCGGACGCGAUGGGCACCUCGCUGGACAUGCUGCGCCGCGCCGCCGCUACGCUGCUGCGGCUCGCCGACCACCCGGAGAAUCGGCCGUUGAUCCGGCGGCACGAGCGGCGGCUGCUCUCGCUGGUCAUGUCACAGAUCCUGGACCAGAAGGUGGCGCACGAGCUGGCCGACGUGCUCUACCAGUGCAGCCAGCAGCGCGACGAGCCGCGCGACGACCAGUAGACUGACUGUGAGUGCGCGGCGUGCGAUGAGACUGAGAGUAUACCUGUCGGUACGUGUACAUAUAGUGUUACGGCGCGCCCCGGACGCGGCGCUAUGUUCCCGUUUGACUGUUCGUGACUCCGAGGUUAUUAUAGCGGUGUCUGAAGUGUUAGGCUGUACGAUUCGAUUUUGUUAUUUAUGGUCCAUAAUGAUUUAUUUACAAGAAUGUCAAUGUGGUAUAAUCGAUUUCUAUUGUUCGAUUGAAGAAAGAUGUAUUAUAACUCGUAAUUUUGAUUUUUAUAAUAAAAUGGGACUUGAAUCUG